AUGACAACAUGCCUUGCUUUCCUCAUCGCAUUCACUGUCAUCUUCCUCGAUCGCUAUGAAUCGAUCAUCAAUCUGUACCGACGCUUCGUAUCCAAGAAGGGCGGCGCGAACUAUGAACAGAAUUACAAUGGUCCAUAUUGGCGUUCCACAGCUUUUUGGUCGCGCGUGCUUAGCAAGAACCUCCUCGCAUUCAGCGAUACACAACUUCUUACUGGACUGGCGAUCCAAUUCACCGGUUUGCUAAAGCAUUGCAAUAUGCGCGUGUACCAUUGGAAGAUUGUUACAGAACUCGCAUUCUUGACCACAGUCACGCAUCUCCUUACCGUUGUAGCGCUGCGGAAUUACUUCGUCAAGUAUCGCUGGAUCAACUUACCUCGCAUUUUCUUCAUGCUUGCCAAUCUCGGUCUUCUCGGCUACACAUCCUACAUCUCCUACUCCUACGAAUUCGCCGGCCUCGACAUCUCCACCGAGCUAUCCUGCUUCUUCCAAGGCCAACGCCCUAAAGUGAAAUCCGCAUUCGGCACAAAAUGGACUGGUCUUCUCGUCGGCGCAAUAGGCGGGCACGUCACCGUCAUCCUGGCCAUGUACUUCCUCAAGGAGCCCGAAGAAGGCGGAAAGAAAGAAUGGUACUACUGGCUGGGUGCUGCUUUUCGGACCUGGAUUGUCGCGCCGAUAUACGGCAUUUAUGGACUGUAUAUGGCCGGCGACGGACUCCGGUACACGCAAGCGCUCGGCACGCCCAAUGUUAGCAUGAACGGGAGCGAGAGUGAGUGGAAUUUUGGACAGUUUUUGCCGGUGCUCUUGCUUGCGCUGCCGCUGUUUGCGGGCUGGGAGAGUUUCUGGGAAGAGAAGGAUGAAGACAGGGAGAAUCGGUUUGGCAGGGGGAGUCGCUGGACGUGGGAGAAGGGCAGGAAUAGUCAAAUGGAUGGGCUGGAUGUUCCGCCUGAGAAAAGCGAGUUUGGAGGAAAGAACGGUUGA